AAUGCUUCUUAUUAACAUAUCUCAGUGCAGCAAGUGAUAAUUCUCCCUGAUAUAGUUUUUUCAGUGUACGCUAAUCAAAAAGCUAGUUUUGUUUGAACUCCCUUGAAGAGCAAAAGCCAACAAAACAAAACUCAAAAGUCUCUGUCUAAAAUCUCGUCAACAUUGGUGUUUUCAACGAGAUACACUCCCAAUAUUUUUCUUAGUAUCAACGAAUGCUACAUUGUGCAACAGAGAAUCAAAAAUAAGUGCAGAUAUGAAACUAGUUGCCAUGGCGAGAACAAUAAUUCCUUCUUUUAUUAUCAUCACGUAUAAUAAUUAUGUAGAGUCUCACCUGCUCGUGCGCAUAUUUGCCUCAGUAUGUACUUAGCUUACCAGCCUACCUACUAACCUACGUGCAAACAAUAAAAAGAACCUCCUUCAAUUCAAAAUACCUGUUCUUGUACGAAGUAUUGGAAGUUCAAAACACCGUGGAUGAGCACAUGAGGAUUUCCCUAAGUUAAUUUGUGUUCUUGGUUAGAGGUUCUAAGGUCAGUCGUCAGUAUAGUCGUCUUGCUGGCUGUUGUUCACGGGAGUUGAACUGUGACGUUGUUUAGUUGGUCAUUAACUGGUCCAAAGAAAAACCACAGAUGCUAAUGAUGAUUACCAUUGAGACAAGACUAGUACGGGUCUUUAGUUCAACCUCACACUGAAGAUCUUUUGCUGUACUUCGAGGAGUCGUCGAUACUGUUCGUCAUAUCAACGGAAGAACGCGUUACAUCAACAUUAGCAAGUACAGCGCAAACCAUGAAAUCGAAUCAUCAAUGGAUAAUUCAAAAAUCGUGAAUACAUUCACAGGACUUCCAUCUGAAGGAAGAUCAAGCAAGUGUUUUAGUUAAUGUUGAUUACUGGUCAACAUGGUGUACAUUACUAACUAUACCAAUGGUUAUAUUGUGGAAUACUCUGCACCUUGUUUUGAUAGUUGGCUAUUGAUCCCAGGAGAGAAUCUCUGGCGUGCAGGUCUACGAGGGUUUCUCUACACAUUAGCAAUGUUUUACCUUUUUCUAGGGAUUGCUAUAGUUGCAGACAUAUUCAUGGGAUCAAUUGAAGUAAUCACAAGCAAAAAACGAAAACUAACUCGUUUCGACCCCGAGAAACAAGAAAGUGUUGAAAUAGAAGUGUUCGUCUGGAAUGAAACCGUAGCAAACCUAACUUUAAUGGCAUUAGGAUCAUCAGCACCCGAGAUAUUAUUAGCUGUCAUAGAAACCAUACAAGAUAUAUCGUCCGACGGUGCUCAAGGCGCAGACCAAGAUGGACUCGGUACCUUCACUAUCAUAGGCUCUGCUUCAUUCAAUAUGUUGCUCAUAACAGCUAUCUGUGUAGUAAGUGUCCCUACUGAUACAGUCAAACGUGUCAGAGAGUUUGGUGUAUUUAUUUGGACUGCUGUAUGGUCGCUAUUUGCCUAUGUGUGGCUUCUCAUCACCCUCAAGUGGGUAUCACCAGAUGAAGUGGAAAUCUGGGAAGCUUUUUUAACUCUUUCGUUCUUCCCUUUACUGGUGUUCACAUCGUGGUGCCAGGAUCAUGGAUGGUGGUGUAGUAGAAGAACAGGCAAAGUCCUUACUGUCGAGACCCCAGAGGUGAGGGUAGUUGGUUUGACAGAACGACGGCAAAGCCACUUAAUGAUCCAUCGAUCGAUGGAGCUACGAGUGUUAGAACAGCAAAGACAUAGUGUAAGCGAGAGAGAUUUGAGAGACUUACCAAGAAGCCGGGAUAAACUAAAGGAAGUUGUGUCGCUAUGGAAACUAAGAGGGCAAAAACCAGACGCGAACUCGAAUGAAACAGCAGAAAGUUUAGCUCACGCCUUGAAACAUAUCAAAGAAGUUAACACACAGCCUCAAAACACGACUACUGCAAGACUUAGAUUUCGUCAUGCAGCACUUCACAGCAUCACAAGGAGUAAAGCCAGGAAAAUAAAAGAAAAAGAAGAGAGUGAAAGUCAAAAGGCGAUGAAUGUUCUCGCCAAGUCAUUCAUUGGUUCAAAGCUUACUGGAACUUCCACACUUGACGAGGCAACGCAAAAGUUCAACUUCAGUACCCAGUCUUACUCGGUCCUGAAGAGUGCAAAACACGUGGAUGUUGACAUCUUGCUGCUGUCAAACAACAAGAGGAGGCCGUCUCGUGUGAGCUCUCAUAAAGCACUCAUUCCUCUCCCUUCUCCAUACGACCCUGCCACACAAAUAGAUGAAGGAAAAUGUGCCAAAAUGAACAGUGGCCAUGGAAAUAUGAUUACAGUGAAUGGUAUUUCUGCUUCACCCAUCAACAAACCAGCACCAUCACCUAAAGAACAGUUAUACACUCGACCAGACUCCCCUUCUGACACCAUCAGUGAACGAAGCGAGAACGACGAGAAUAAUCACCGCGACAGCGUCUGCUCCUUAGCUGUUGGUACUAUGUUUAGUGUUGACUACGAGACGAGGGAUGGAAGUGCUAAACACGGCAAAGACUAUACCAGUGUUAAAGGAACUAUGAACUUCCAACUAGGCACGUCAAAGCACAUCCUGAGAAUCCCUAUCAUACAGCACGAUGACUACAAAAAUAAAGAGUUUUUCGUGAUAUUAAAAAAACCAACGCCAGCCAGCAUCGUUGAUCUGGGAGAACCAAGUUUGACUAAAGUAACUAUCAUUGAUGACGAUGAGCCGGGAGAGUUUUCAUUUGAGCAAGCAAGUUAUCAUGCCAACUUCAUGACAGAAGAUGUGACGUGUACUGUUGUAAGACGUCGCGGAUGUGAUGGUUGUGUUACCGUUAACUACCAUACACUGAAUGGAACAGCGACAGGCGGCACAGAAGAGCAGAUUGAACGAAAAGAAUGCGAUUUCGAAGCAGUUAGUGACGGGGUCUUGACGUUUCAACAUGGCGAAACUUCAAAAAUGAUUGAAAUUAGAAUUAAUCCAGAAUGUCAGAAUAAAAAUUUUAUUGUAUUAUUGCACGACCCGAGUCCUGGGGCGCGGAUUGGAGAAAAAUCAGCAACAGUCGCACAUGUAUCGAGUGAUGUUGACGAUAUUGUAGAUCGAGUGGCAAACAUCAUCACAUCAGAAGAUGAACAGAGUCUAACCAAGUCAUGGCGGUCACAGUUUGAAGAUGCAAUUGUAAUUCAAGGCGAAGAAGAUGAUGAUGGCAAUAUUCAACCAUUGACCACCAUGGAUUUUAUUCUACAUUUACUAACAAUAUUCUGGAAAGUUCUCUUUGCAUUUAUUCCACCAAGGAACGUUCUUGGUGGUUGGGCAGCAUUUGUGUUCUCACUGGGAUUUAUUGCAAUUCUUACAGCUAUAGUUGAACAGCUUGGCAAGCUGUUAGGCUGUGUUGUCGGCCUCAAGAACAGUGUGACAGGUAUCACCAUCAUCGCCAUAGGAACCAGUCUUCCCGAUACAUUUGCCAGUAAAACAGCAGCACUGCAAGAUUCAGGGGCUGAUGCAGCAAUUGGCAACAUCACAGGCAGUAACAGUGUAAAUGUCUUCCUUGGCCUUGGUUUACCAUGGGUUAUCAGCGUGUGUUAUCAUGCUGCUAUGGGAACUAAAUUCCGCGUAUCCAGUGGCAACCUCUCAUUUUCUGUCCUGGUAUAUACUUCUUGUGGUGCAUGCUGUCUUGUUAUUUUAGUACUGCGUAGAGUGUUUUUAGGUGGAGAACUUGGUGGCUCAUUAUUGACUAAAUGGUCUACUGGCUUAUUCCUGGUAUUUCUCUGGUUAUUGUACACAGUACUGUCCAGUUUAAUGGCCUAUGGUUACAUACCAGGAACAAUUUAAUGUCCAGGAGUUACCAUAGCAAUAACCAUAUCC